AUGCAAGAGGCUAUGUGUGAUGAUAUUGAGCCAUUUGAUGGUGAAACUUUUAUUCCGGUGGAGUUUCUUUACUGUGAAAACCCGCCGAAAAUUGUGACGAGACAAACACAGUCUCAGGAUUCAUCUUCUAUAGUUCAGCUGGGCCAGCUACUGCUGACCCAGGCUGCUGAUGGAAAUACUGAGACAAUUAAAAGUCUUAUGAGACGUGGUGCUCCUUUUACAACAGAUACGUUGGGAACAAGUGCAUUACAUUUUGCAGCUCAGAAUAAUCGUUUAGAGACGGCUGAAGUUUUAUUAAAAGCUGGAAUUUCUCGAGAUGCUAGAACGAAGGUUGACAGGACACCUUUGCACAUGGCUGCUUACGAAGGUCAUUUUACAAUGGUUCAAUUACUUAUUAAUUACGGUGCUGAUUUAAAAAUGACACCACUGCAUUGGGCAGUAGAACAAGAGCACCCGGAUGUAAUCGCAUUGUUGCUAGAAAACGGAGCUGACCCGAAUGCUCUCAGCAAAUUUCAAAAAACUCCAGUGAGCCUUGCCUACGAGCGCGGUAGAACUGACUUCGUAAACUUGCUGCAGCAGAACCGUGACUUAGUCAGUUUCCAGCCGCAUUCGAGUCCUCAUCAUGAGGAAAUGGAGCAAGGAUCUCAUAAUAUUGUCAAAAUAGAGCAGACCGACCCAGGAGAUAAUCAUGAGCAAGACCUGCAACAGCGAUAUGAAAUUCAUCAACCGCUUCACUCUCAAUCGCAUAAAGUUUCUCCAGUUCAAGCUCCGAAAAAGCAGAAGAUGGUCUUCCAACAAAUCCACGUGACUCCUUCGAGCGAGGACGAAGAAGACAACGAAGCUGAAAUAGAAGAACGGAUACAUAGCAUUGAGAAUAGUACGUUUAAAAAACACCUGGAUUUAAAUUCAUUUGGUAGUAUUGAACAGCCUCUGCAGUGGCUUCAGACUCAUCAUGGUAUUACGAUGAUACCCAUGGACAAUGAAGCGAGUAUCGUUGAAAAUGCUAUAGAAAGUAUCGCGAGGAUAAAUGUUAAUUCUAAAAAAAACACUCCUCGAAAAGUAAUAGCAAUAAGUGCUGAUCAACUUACCUCUCCUAUAACGACAAGAGGACCCAAUAUAUUGAAAAGAAGCAAUGACAAUAAAUCUGGAAAAAUUUAUCUCACGCCUGUUUCUAAUAAUCUCACGAUAAAAACAAAUAAAUCGGGGCUUUCAAAAAUUUAUCAAAAGAAAAAUACAAUACAGCUGGGAAAAAUAAAAAAUGUCGAGCAUUCGAACCCGGUUGUCUUGCAAUUAGAUGACGAAAUUGAAGAAAUAGCGGAAGCUGUUGAUCCUAAUGAUAAUAAUGGGAUCGAAUUAUUGACAGACGUUGCGUCGUUGAAUAAAAGAUUAAUUGAAACGCAAAGACAAGCCGCUGAGUAUCAAAAGCAAUUUGAACUGAAAGCCGAGGAGGCGAAAAUUUUGCGACAACAGUUGCAAGAUAUGAUGGCCGCAAAUGCUGCCAAGUGA